AUGUCGUUGCCACUUGCAAGGCAACUGGCUGCUUCGACUCGCCAGAAAGUGUUACUGCCACGGCAUUGCAGUUCUUGUUGUUCACCACGACUCUCCUCCUUAACAACAACAACACUACAACGACACUAUGCCAGUGCUGCCACUGCCACCAUCGCAGAGGAAAAGAAUGGCAGUAGCGUCUUGUCACAACAACAACAACUACAGCCUGUCAUUCUACCGAAUCCAGCACUACAAGCUUUUCGUCACAAUGCCAGAGUUAUGCCGUCGACGAUCGCAGAACAGUUUGCUAUUUUGAAUGCCUGUAUUCGAUCAGGCGAUAUGGUUCGAGCUGAACGUAUCAUGAAAGAACUUCACCGAACAAAGACGGACGAAAUGAAGACAUUUGCCGAUCUACACAUUUACAAUACCUUCUUGAACGGCUUUGCAGAGUCACCGCUGGGUAUGGCGCACGAGUGUCUGAAUUGGUUGGAUAAUAUGAAGGCUUAUGGUUUGUCGCCGGAUGCCAAUUCUUAUGCCAUUGUGGCAAAGGCUUAUUUAAGGAACGAAGGGUUCAUGAGAGCCAGAGCAGUACUGCAAGAAAUGCAGGAGGAAAGUUCGAUCACUGUGCAAGAUGCCAUCAAGUCGGAAUUUCUUACCGAACACGAUGUGAAUCUAUUCCGAAAGAUCAUUACUGAAUCAUCAAGUCAUCAAUCUGGCGACGUUCAAAAAUUAUUAAAAGAAUUGGAUGAAGCCACACAAGGUGCUUUAGAAGGCAGCAGUAUUCCCAUGGAAAACGUUCGUCUUGCCGAAACGAGUGCAGCAACGCCGUUAGACUCAGAACCGAUCGUGGACAAUGUUCCUGAAGCUCGACCCACUAAAGCCGUUGGCGUGGCGUUUUUGCGAGAACAAUUGCAAGAUCUGCAGGACCCACAGAAGGUGGCCAAGAUGGAUCCCUAUGAACUGCAGCUGGGACUAGAACAACAAGGAUACGACGUGGCGAUGCAACGAUUGAUCCACAUGAAAGAAUCGAGUCGAGAGCGAGGCGAUACCCUAGCAGCCAUGAACCUGACGCCGCUCAAGAACAUCAUGUGGGAAUGGCACCAAAAGACAAUGCCACUGAUUGUAAAAGAAAUCGAACGAUGCGAAGAGGCGUCCACAGGCCGGGGCCAGGAGCGCAAGACCUAUGGACCGUUCCUCAAGCUGUUGAAACCCGAGACACUCACCAUGAUCACCAUGUUGGAGCUGUUGCGGUUACACAACUCGUCGGGCAUCGCAGAUGGUAUGAAGACAGCUCGUGCAGUCAUUGAUAUUGGCAAGGCCGUGGAAAUGGAAUACAAUGCGCUGCAGAUUAAAAAAUCUUCGGCUAAGCGUGCAGCAAAGAAUCACGAGGUACACAACUUGUUUGCCAGUGGCAAGCUGUUCAACAUGGCGGUGCGUCGUGCCCAUAUGGAUCUGAUGAAGCAACAGGACGCGGUGGGUGAGUUGGUCGAAUCGUCAGAAGGCGAUACCGGCUCGUUUUCAGGGGGUGAAUGGACGCCCGUUUGGCCCAGUACCAUUCGUGCCAAGGUCGGAAGUGUUUUGGCCAGUAUUUUUAUUGAUGCUGCCAAAAUUCCCGUGCCUAGCUUUGACCCAGAGACUGGAGAAAAGAUUAUCGAACAAAUCCCUGCAUUCUUCCACACCUAUCAAUACGUCAAGGGCAAGCGUGUGGGCAUCAUCAAGUUCUCUGACCCAUUGACGAAACUGCUUUCCAAGGAACCUGUUCGAGAUACGCUCCAUCCGCGUCUUUUACCCAUGAUUGUCCAUCCUCGGCCCUGGCUCUCAUACAACUCUGGCGGCUAUCUUUCUGCCAAAUCGUCCUGCAUGCGUAUCAAGGACUCGCCCGAACAACUUGUGUAUCUCCACAAGGCUUCCGAGCAAGAUCGUCUGAAUGCCGUCUUGGCUGGUUUGGAUGUGCUGGGCUCGACGCAGUGGCGUGUCAACAAGAACGUGUUUAACGUAGUGUUAGAAUCAUGGAACGCCGGAGAACCCAUUGCAGACAUCCCUCCUACCAUUGAAGAGUUUGCGCCACUGCCCCCCAAACCUGAAAAUUACGACACGGAUCCCAAGGCCAAGUUCAACUGGGUCAAUGCGGUCAAGGCGCAACAAACUGAGGAGAAGAACAAGCAUAGUUUGCGUUGUGAUGUCAACUACAAAGUAGAAACGGCUCGAGCGUUUUUGAACUUGCCCAUGUUCUUCCCUCACAACAUGGACUUCCGUGGUCGUGCAUACCCUAUUCCACCAACUUUGAACCAUCUUGGUAACGAUUUGUGUCGUGGUAUUUUGAUGUUUGGUGAAGCCAAGCCGCUGGGUGAGCGUGGUUGGGGAUGGUUAAAGAUCCAUCUGGCCAAUUUGUAUGGUUACGACAAGCACUCGUUCACUGAAAGAGAACAGUUUACGGUUGACAAUAUGCCCAACAUUCUCGACUCGGUUGAUAACCCAUUGACUGGCACACGAUGGUGGCUGCAAGCCGAAUCACCGUGGCAAUGUUUAGCGGCGUGUUUCGAAGUAGCCGCAGCACACCGUAGCGGUUCACCGACGGAAUUCAUGUCACAAAUCCCUAUCCAUCAAGAUGGCACCUGCAACGGUCUGCAGCAUUAUGCAGCCUUAGGAGGUGACAUGGCAGGUGCACAAGCUGUCAAUCUGGCACCAAGUGACCGACCGGCUGAUGUGUACACGGGUGUCGCUGAGAUGGUCAACAAACUGAUAGAAAAGGAAGCGGCCGAAGGCGAAGAAUAUGCACAGCAUCUUGUGGGCAAGAUUAGUCGCAAGGUGGUCAAACAGACAGUCAUGACCAACGUGUAUGGUGUGACAUUUAUCGGUGCACGACAACAGAUCAUUAGCAGAUUGCGUGAGCGCGACGAUAUCCCGCAAGAGUUGAUUUAUCAACUGUCUGGUUACCUUGCCAAGAAGGUAUUUGCUUCGCUCGGUGAAAUGUUUAAUGGCGCUCGCAAGAUUCAGGACUGGCUCACGGAUUCAGCGCGUCGGAUUGCCAAGAGUAUACCAGAAGAGGCGCUUCAUGAAGCUGGUAUCUUGGAGAAGCCUGCAUCUGUCAUUGCUGCUGAAGUAGAACAGCAACAACAAGAAGCAGCAGCAGCAGCCGCACCGAAAAAGAGAAGAGGCCGUGUUGCGCAGAAAAAGGUGUUUUCGGCACGGAAUCCAUCAGCAAAUCAAAUGACAUCUGUCAUCUGGACCACGCCACUUGGAUUGCCGAUUGUGCAGCCUUAUCGACGAGCGGGCAAGAAGCAAGUAGCUACGUUGCUCCAGACUGUAUUCAUCGAAGAUCCCGAAGCAUCACGGCCUGUCAAUGCGCUGAAACAAAGCACAGCGUUCCCACCCAACUUUAUUCACUCGCUCGACGCUACGCACAUGCUCAUGUCGGCUGUGGCCUGUCACGAAAAGGGCAUGACGUUUGCCUCUGUGCACGACAGUUACUGGACGCAUGCGUGCGACGUUGACGACAUGAACAAGGUGAUCCGUGACCAGUUUAUCGAACUGCACUCGCAGCCCAUCAUGGAGAACCUGUUUCAGGAAUUCCAGGAGCGAUACAAGCAUUACAAGGUGCCGGUCGUCAAAGACCUGAGCACGGGUAAGAGAAAGUCCAAGAAACCCAAGGCCGCCGCCGCAGCAGCAGCAGCAGCAGAAGAAGAAGAAGAAGCAGAAGCCAUUGUGUCUGGUGAAAAGUCGCAUGACAAGCUCGAGGCAUUUGGAUUCGCGGACCCCACGGUUGUGGAUGAAGAGCUGACAAAGGCCGAGGACGAAAAGAACGCAAUGGAUGCGCUGUUUGGUUUGGAUGACGGCGGCAACAACGACGACGAGGGUGCGGAUGUGUUGUUGGACGACGCUCUUGCGGAAGAGAUGCCAAAGACAGCAAAGAAAAAGUCGGCGGCUCGCAGGUACGACUACACCUGGGAAGACUUGGAACUGUUACCACUUCCAGAAAAGGGCAAGUUUGACAUCAACCAAGUCAAGGAAAGUGAUUACUUUUUCCACUAG